GAAAAUGGAAGAGCCGCAGCCACAUUUAUGUGAUAUAUGCUUGAAAACACGCUCGCAAUACAAGUGCCCUAAAUGCAAUUGGGAGUACUGCUCCGUAAAAUGCUAUAGAGAUGAAAAACAUUCGGACUGCUCGGAGAGCUUUUACAGAGAAGAGAUAUUUUUGGAGCUUGACUCAAGAGAAGACGGAGAUGACCUUAAAAAAGUUCUCGAUGAAAUAUCUCAUCUAGAUAUUGGAGAAACCAGCAGUGAAAAUACAGAUGAAACAUGCUCAGAAAUAAUAGAUCUUGACAGCGGUAAUAUUUUCGACCAACUCACUGAGAAACAGCAAAAUGCUUUCAACGAAAUACUGCGAACCAAUCGAGGUUCUUUGAUCGUUGAUCUGUUGGUGCCAUGGUGGAGGACUGAUGAAUCAAAAAACACUGAUUCUUGCCCUAGCAUGAUCAAGUCACGCGAUUUGUCUCUAAUUUUUACUGGAAGUCCUUCGAGUACAAUGGUUUUUCGAUCUCUAAAUGUGGCGUUUGUGUACUGUUUUUGUUACCGACUUUAUAAUGCAGAUUUUUCCGACCUCGCGGAUGAAGUUGCUGCUUUUCUCUACGAGUGCACGAUUUUUGGAGAUGAUAAAAAUCUACAUUUUGAAAAUACGGAUUUCUGUAUCUGGUCAACGAUUUACAAGAUUCAGUGUAAAUCCCAGUCUCAUUUGAAAAUGGUACCAAUAAAACUGUUGUUGGAGGAUACAAUGCUUGUUUUGGAAUCUUUGGAAAACCGAAACGCCAUGUUUUCGCAUAUUUUCCAAAUCAUCGACGGUUGGAAAGGCGGCGCCCUAACUAAAUCACAAUCCAAAAAAGCAAUGAUGUCCUGCAAGUUUUAUCUUUCGUGGUUGGAUUCACAUCACGCAGGUCCAAAAGUUUGGCAUAAUUUGAUUGCAGAACUUCGAAUAUUUUUUGCGAAUUAUUUAACUAUGCAAUAUGCUAUUCCAGAACACAUUCUGCAAAAACUUAGGCACAACGUGAACUCUCAAACUUCAAGCAAAAUUGAAGAACUCUAAUAAGAAGCGAUGAUUUGAAACACAGAUAUAAUUAAAAUAUGACACCAAUUGUCAUCUGUAAGCAAAUUUACCUUUUCAGACGACCCUGAGUCAUAACUUUUCUUAACUAUUGUUGCGAUUAUCAAGGAUUGUUCGGACAGCUAGUGCAACUUUGUUCAAAGAAU